AUGGAGAACGAAAUGAUCAAGACUCAAGCUCUCAUAAUCGGUGCAGGACCAGCCGGUUUAGCUACAUCAGCCUGUCUAAACCGGUUGAACACACCGAACAUAGUGGUGGAAAGAGAGGAAUGCAGUGCCUCUCUCUGGAAAAGAAGGUCUUACGAUUGUCUCAAGCUUCAUCUCGCGAAGCACUAUUGUCAACUCCCUCACAUGCCAUUCCCUCCAAACACUCCUACCUUCGUCUCCAAGUCAGGUUUCAUCACUUACCUUGACGAAUACGCCACACGUUUCAACGUAAGCCCUAGGUACAACCGCAACGUCGAAUCCGCGUAUCUCAAAGAUGGUAGAUGGAUCGUGGAGGUGGGGAAAGGAGCGGAGAGAGAGGUUUACUCGGCGGAGUACUUGGUCGUGGCUACGGGUGAAAACAGCGAAGGCUUGAUCCCGGAGAUUCCGGGGCUUGCUGAGAGCUUCGAAGGUGAGUAUUUGCACUCAAGCGAGUACAAGAACGGCGAGAGGUUCGCCGGAAAACAUGUUUUAGUCGUCGGAAGUGGAAACUCCGGGAUGGAGAUUGCUUAUGAUGUGUCCAAGUGGGACGCUGAUGUCUCCCUCGUCGUUCAUAGCCCUGUACACGUGCUGACGAGAGAGAUCGUAAGGAUCGGUAUGUGGCUGCUCAAGUUUUUCCCGGUAAAGUUAGUUGACCGUUGGUGUCUCUUACUCGCGAAGCUGAGGUUUGGGGAUACUUCGAGAUAUGGGCUUAUAAGGCCUACUAAAGGCCCGUUUAUGAACAAGCUUGUCACCGGCCGGUCACCUACCAUAGACGUCGGCUGCGUCGACGAGAUAAAAGCCGGCAAGAUUGAGGUUUUGUCGUCUAUUAAGCGUAUAGAAGGGAAGAGAGUGGCGUUCGUCGAUGGAAACAUCAAAACUGUGGACUCUAUAGUCUUUGCAACAGGUUACAAGAGCAGCGUUUCAAAAUGGCUUCAGGUUGACGAUGGAGACUUGUUCAACGAGAAUGGGAUGCCGAAAGGAGAGUUACCGGAUCAUUGGAAGGGGAAGAACGGCUUGUACAGCGUUGGAUUUGGGAGACAAGGCUUGGCUGGUAUCACAAGAGAUGCUCAGAACGUUGCUACAGACAUUGCUUCUCUCUGA